AGUAUCUCUAAAGCAGCCGGCGUCUUUCUUUGGCCGACAUAUAGGAUUUCCUAUUACUUCUCCUUGGUUUUAUCUUUUGAGACCUGCUGGUUCUCUGUUUUUUAUUCUUUUUUUUUUCGAAAAUGGGCAUAGCUGGUUCUCUGUUUUGCUCUGUUUUUGUUUCAUGAAACUCUGUUUUUUGAGUUAUAGCUCUGUCUUUUCUAAUAGAAUGUUACUAAUAAGAGUUAAAAAAAAAAAAAAAGAAGCAACCGGCUGUUAUGGUAACCAUAAAUAAUAGGAAACUAUAACUGAAAUAUAGAAACUUUAUUUAUCCAAGUUUCCGAUUAUUAAUGUUUUCCAAUUUCUUUUUUUUUAUCGUCAUCUAUAUGUACAUACAUAUGUAUGUUACGGUUAUAAACCAUGUGAGCAUCUUACCUCUCUUUUGACAACCAGGUUCCACGACAAUGGCACUGAAGCUACCAUAUGAUUUGGAAGAGGAAAUUCUCGCCAGAGUUCCAUGGAAAUAUUUUGCAACGUUGAGAUGUGUAUGUAAGCUUUGGAAUAGUCUUAUAUUGGAAGAGAGACUCAACAAGAAGAACUUGUCGUUUCACAUGCACAGCUAUAGUGGUGAGCAUCGGUUUAUACUCAAAGACACUGGUCCUACGAUUUCUGCCGUGGGCAUUGAGGAGCAGAAAAACGUGGUCGAUCCUCCGUCCUUGAUCGUCCAAGACUUUACCCUUAUAAAAGCUCGAACAUGUAAUCCUGUUAGGGUGUACAAGACUGUUCAUUGCGACGGUUUGUUGUUGUGUGUCAUGGACAACCAGCUUGUGGUUAGGAACCCGUUACUGAAGGAAACAACCUGGAUCAAAUGCGGUAGUGACUUUCACCAACGAGAUGAUGCUUACAGCCUUGGAUACCUCAGCCACUGUGAUUACAGGAUCUUAAGGUUUCGUUGUGCUAGUAAUUCCAGAAAUAGACCUUCAAGGGUCGAGGUCUGUGAAGUUGCAUCCAAGACAUGGAAGGUUAUAGAUAACAUCAGUUUUGAUUGGUUCCUUAGCGUGCCGUUGUCGAUCCUCUCUCUGAGAGGAACUCCUUAUUGUAUAGGUCUUCGAGAAGAUCAUACAGCUUUUGUACAAAGCUAUGAUUUUUACAAAGAAAGGUUUCAGCCCAUAGAUGACUUGCCAUUCAGCUAUGAUGAGUUGAAUCCUAUUGCACUAGAGAUUUAUAAAGGAGAUAGGCUUUCGGUGUUGGAGCAAUGUCACAAAACAAGGAAGAUAUGCAUAUGGGUGAAGCAUUGGCUCAUGCUUACUUCUUGGACCAAAUUGGUGGUCGUGGACAUACCAGAGUUUCCGCUUAUAUAUCCACGUCUUGCCCUCCUUUCUACAAAUUAUUAUUUCGACAAAAACAAUAGGCUUGUUAUAACUUGUAAUGAUACUGACAUGAAGGGUCUAUCUAUUAUCAGAGUCAUCAACGACAGGGAGUUCCAAGUAAUUAAAGCUAAUGAAUGUGAAAUUUAUUUCCCUUUUUUAUGCAGCUACGUUCCAAGCUUGGUUAGGCUUCCAGGAUUUUGGAAGCAAGACACCAGUCGGAUUCGUUGGAGAAAACGUAGAUUCAACUAGUUUGUGUUUAAGAUA